AUGAGAGGCUUGGGGCGCUUGGCGCUGGGCCGCGCGCUGCGGCGUCCCGAGGCGCUGGCGCGGCACGGAGGCGCCGCCGUGAACGCUCUGCAAGUGCAGACGCGGGCGUUCUCCAGGUUCCGGGCCAUGGACGCGCUGUACGAGGGACAGGACUACUCCCGCCAGGUGGAGAAGAAGUUUAGCGAGCUGUCGGGCAAGACGCCGUGGGAGCCCGAUAUCAAGUACCUGGAGGGCGUCAAGAGCCGCUGGCAGGGGCCCGAGCCCACGCUGAACGAACUGGUGCGCGAUGACGUACCCACGGCCCGCAACCUCUUCCGGAACGUGCUGCAGCGCCGCUACCCGAAGGAUAUGGGCAUGUGGAACAAGUGGGGCGUCAUGGAGUGGAAGGCGGGCAACUACGGAUUGGCGCGCAUGAUCUUCUCCAAGGCGUCGCGGAUCUCGUUCGACGCCGAGCUGUGGACCUCGUGGGCGUCCAUGGAGCUGGAGGCGAAGAAUAUGCAGGAAGCCAAACGCAUCUUCAAGGUGAUUUUGGCGACAGAUUCGCACAACCCCAUGGCGGGGCUGGGGAUGGCGCUGUGGGAAGUUCAAGCGGGACACCCCGAUGAAGCUCGCGAGAAGUUCCAGGAGCUGCUGGAGGAACACCCGAAGGACGUGUUGAUUAUGCAGGCUUAUGGUGUAUUUGAGGCCAAGUGUCAGCAUGUUGGAUUGGCACGCAGUAUCUUUCAGAAUGCUGUCUCUCACCCGAGAGCUACGGGCCAAGUCUGGCACGCAUGGGCCAAGGCGGAGUAUGACGCUGGGCUGUACAAGAACGCACUGGCAGUGAUUGCAACGGCCUUCGAGCGAUUUCCCACACACAAGUGGCUUAUUCUUCUCGGUGCAAUGGCCCACUUCAAGCUUGGCGAUGUGUACGAAGCACGUCGCGCGUACAGGCGCCUUAUUGAUGGCGGGCUCUACGUGGAGGCGUCGGCCUACAACUCGUAUGCUAAAAUGGAGGAGGAACUGGGCAAUGAGGACGCAGCAGUGGGCUUGUACAUCGAGGCCUUGGAGCAGUACCCCGACCACGUGCCCAGUAUGAUGUCUCUGGCUGUUCUGUACAAAAAGCGCAAUCGUAUGCGCAAUGCGCGCAAGGUAUUCGAGAACGCGCUACAAAAUCUGCAGCAUACUGGUCCAGUGCUGCAAGCAUUUGGUGGUUUCGAGGAGCAGCAUGGAGAGCUUGACAACGCGCGGGAGCUUUACGACGAGGCGACGAAGGUGCAGCCUACGGUUAUCGAGUCGUGGCGAGCGUUGGCGCGUGUGGAGGCAAGGUUGAAGAAUUACGAAGCAGCGCGCUCGGUGCUCACGAUGGCAAGCCAGCAUGUACCCAAUGACGCACCUCUGCUGAUCGAGCUGGCCAAGAUUGAGCAACGGAAUCGGCGGUUCCCAGCCGCCCGUGCAGCACUGGAAAAGGCACUGAAGAUUGAUCCUUCAGAUGCGUCAGUGUGGAACUUGCGCGCCUUGUUGGAGCUACCGUUGGACCCGGAACGUGCUAAAACGAUUGUGGAAAGUGCCUUGUCCGAGGUUCCCGAAUACGAGAAAACUAGCUGGAGCAUUCUGAUGUGCACGUAUGGACGCACAUUUGCAGCUUUGGGAGAUUUCCAGCAGGCUGUUGCAGCUUUUCAGCGGUCGUUCAAGCUGCGUCCGAAGAACUGGGAGACGCACUUGAUUUACGCUGAUAGUGUAUUAACGCCGAAUGAAGCGUGGAGCGAAGCCGCAAUGGCUAAGGCCAAGCAGUACAAGCACGCCGCAGAAGGCGACGACGACGAUGAUGACCAUCAUGAGGAAGAGAGCUCGUAA